GCGACACAUUCUAAUCUGCCCCCUUUUUAUAUCUUCCGUUUCUCAAUUUUUUUUUCCCCUUUUUCUCAGUUCACACUAAGCAGAAACUUAAAUUGCUAUACACGGGUCUAUUAGACGUACACUUUUUUGAAAACUAAAACAUGUCAGCAACUAAUGAAGACGAAAAGAAAUGGAAAUUUGCUCAAUGCUUUGGUGACAAAGGCGAUUCAGAUGACAUAACUGAAGCCGACAUUAUUUCAGCUGUAGAGUUUGACCAUACAGGUGAUUAUUUAGCAACCGGUGACAAGGGCGGUCGUGUUGUAUUGUUCGAAAGAAACGACACCAAAAAAAGCUGUGAAUACAAAUUUCAUACAGAAUUUCAAUCACACGAACCUGAGUUCGACUACUUGAAGAGUUUGGAAAUCGAAGAAAAGAUUAACAAAAUCAAAUGGUGUAGAAGAACAAAUGCUGCUCACUUUCUAUUAUCAACAAAUGACAAGACAAUCAAAUUAUGGAAAGUCUUUGAAAGAAGUAUCAAAGUGCCUCAUGAAUAUGAUAACAAUAUCACGCAGAGAGGCCUAUAUGUGCCAAAAGUGUUAUAUCAGGAUAAUGUAGUAGCAGCCAUUCCUAGAAGAAUUUAUGCAAAUGCUCAUGCGUACCACAUCAAUUCGAUCUCAGUUAACUCUGAUGGCGAGACAUAUAUCUCUGCUGAUGAUCUCAGAAUUAACCUUUGGAAUCUUGAUAUUUCCGAGCAAAGUUUCAAUAUUGUUGAUAUUAAGCCAGCAAAUAUGGAAGAAUUGACUGAAGUCAUUACUGCAGCAGAAUUCCAUCCUCAGCAAUGUAAUUUGCUUAUGUAUAGUAGUAGUAAAGGAACUGUUAAAUUGGCUGAUAUGAGAGAAUCUGCUCUAUGUGAUCAGAAUGCUAAAGUGUUCGAGGCCUAUGAAGAUCCCAAUACUAGAUCCUUUUUCUCUGAAAUUAUCUCAUCUAUUUCAGACGUGAAAUUCAGCCCUGAUGGAAGAUAUAUUCUAGCACGAGAUUAUUUGACUUUGAAAAUAUGGGAUAUCAAUAUGGAAAACAAACCAGUGCAAACCUUCAAUAUCCACGACAAUUUAAGAAGCAACCUGUGUGAUUUGUACGAGAAUGAUUGUAUCUUUGAUAAGUUCGAGUGUAUGUUUAGCGGUGACGGAAAGAACGUCAUGACCGGGUCUUACAGUAACAACUUCUCUAUUUAUAACCGAGAAACUAAUGCAGAAAUUUCACUCCAAGCAGACAAGAGCGCUUUCAAAGCCAAGCGUUUAGGCUCCGCUAAGAACAAAUUAACAUUAGGACGUAAUGGUAAAAGAGAUGAUAUGGAGCCUAUGGAUUUCAAUAAGAAGAUUCUACAUGCAUCAUGGCAUCCUAAAGAGAAUGUGUUGGCUAUCGCCGCUACAAAUAACCUUUUCAUUUUCAAUGAAUAAUACCUUCUAUUAAAAUAUUUACCCUUUACUAUUUGAUUUUUUCUUUUCCUUCCUCUCUCAUCCCUUGGCUUCCCUCCUUAUACAUAACGUUGAAUAAAAAACCGAAAAAAUGAUAGUUCACUGAGAU